UCAAAUUAACUGAUGACGUCAAAAACGCAUUCAUAAAAGCCCACAAUGAUGCGCGUGCGAAAGUCGGAGCCAAACCGUUGACGUGGCACAAAAACGCCGAAGACUAUGCCAAAAAUCACAUCGCGAAGUGUCUCUUUGAACACAGCUACACACCGUAUGGAGAAAAUAUGUAUGCAUCAUCAGGCAAACCUUCCAAACCCGCCUUAGACGCCGCCGCGGCAGUCAAGACCUGGGUGGACGAGAAGAAAUUCUCCAACCCGCCCAGUUGGACGUGCAUGAGAGACAAAUGUGGUCAUUACACUCAGGUCAUAUGGAGGGGAACAAAAUACCUUGGCUGCGCCAUCAGUAGCUGUCCGGGCAAGCAUAGUACCAUGAUCGCCUGUGAAUACUACCCACCAGGUAACUACAUUGGUAAAGCACCGUGAAUGAGGUCACCCCGAGACACGCAUAACAUCCUGUGACUAAUCACGUGACCUCCAGUAUUUCUUCCAGAC